AUGAUUUAUGACUUUUUUGACAUUUCAGCUAUUUACUAUCUGGAUGUCACAAUUGUGAACCGUUACGGAAAACGUGUCCAGAUUAUCACUACCCUUCCUGAUCCAGCACAUACGCGAUUUGAAAUUCAUGUUGGUGAAAGUCAUCGAAUCACUUCAACACUUUCUACACAUCAAGACAUAGUUAUCACAGCAUUUGAUGUAGCAACGUAUAAGCCAAUCACGAUAGAUGGAAAGAUCGCAGUUUUUGUAUUGCCAAGUGUUACACCAGUCACUCAUGUCUACCAUAUUCCUUCAGGUGAGUUAUAUAACUACAGUAUGGAGAACACUUGAAAAACCAUUGUUUAUACCAUUUCUUUUUCUCCCCAUGAGUAGCUCGCAUAAUAGUAAUAAUAUACAGUAUACAGUAUAUAGAAUCCAUAUUAUUGAGUGAAACCUUAGUCGGAUGGUUGACAUUUUGAGAAUCAUUGCAAAUUAUGUGAAAUGCCACAAACUAUAUCAAAAUUCAAUAUUCAGAUUGUAUACAAUACGUACACUACUGGUUGAUACAGUGCAGAUCUUAUGGUUUAAGUAUCGCGUCAGCAGUUCUCACUUGAAGUGAUAACUGUAUUCAAUUAAAUUUCACGUUUCUGGUUUCAAACAAGAACCCCUCUCGCUAUUUAUCACGCUUCACUUGACUUGUGUCCAGGGUUCGUGACUUACAAGCAGCUGCCAUGCAUCCUUUGAUAAUAUGUAAGCACCGACAGUGGUAUAUUAUCGUCAUAUCUAGUUGUCUCGUUACAGCAGCCCCUCCAGUUGGUAUCACAACAACCCAACGUCCAGUUAUUCCUGCUACUACACCAGGUCCAACUGAUGCUCCUGUGUCAACACAAGCUCCAACUGAUGCUGCUCUAUCAACAAAAGCUACAACUGAUCUUGCUGAAUCAACACAAGCUCCAACUGAUGCUGCUGAAUCAACACAAGCUCCAACUGAUGCUGCUGAAUCAACAAAAGCUCCAACUGAUGUUGCUGAAUCAACACAAGCUCCAACUGAUGCAGCUGAAUCAACACAAGCUCCAACUGAUUCAGCUGAAUCAACACAAGGUCCAACUGAUGUUGCUGAAUCAACACAAGGUCCAUCCGAUGCUGCUGAAUCAACACAAGCUCCAACUGAUGCUGCUGAAUCAACAAAAGCUCCAACUGAUGCUGCUGUAUCGACAGAAGGUCCAACUGAUGCUGUUGUCUCGACAGAAGGUCCAACUGAUGGUGUGUCAACAAAAGCUCCAACUGAUGCUGUUGUCUCAACUGAAGGUCCAACUGAUGGUGUAUCAACAGAAGCUCCAACUGAUGCUCCUGUGUCAACAAAAGGUCCAACUGAUGCUACUGUAUCGACAGAAGGUCCAACUGAUGCUGUUGUCUCAACAGAAACUCCAACUGAUGCUGCUGUGUCAACAAAAGGUCCAACUGAUGAUGCUGCUGUAUCAACAAAAGCUCCAACUGAUGAUCCUGCUGUGUCAACAAAAGGUCCAACUGAUGCUGCUAUAUCGACGGAAGGUCCAACUGAUGCUGUUGUCUCAACAGAAGCUCCAACUGAUGCUGCUGUGUCAACAAAAGCUCCAACUGAUGAUGCUGCUGUAUCAACAGAAGCUCUAACUGAUGCUGUUGUGUCAACAAAAGGUCCAACUGAUGCUGUUGUCUCCACAGAAGCUUCCACUGAUGCUGCUGUAUCGACAGAAGGUCCAACUGAUGCUGUUGUCUCAACAGAAGGUCCAACUGAUGGUGUGUCAACGAAAGCUCCAACUGAUGCUGCUGUAUCGACAGAAGGUCCAACUGAUGCUAUUGUCUCAACAGAAGGUCCAACCGAUGAUAUAUCAACAGAAGCUCUAACUGAUGCUGCUAUGUCAACAAAAGCUCCAACUGAUGCUGCUGUAUCAACAGAAGCUCCAACUGAUGCUGCUGUGUCAACAAAAGGUCCAACUGAUGAUGGGUUGACACAAGCUCCAACUGAUGCUGUAACAACAAAAUCGCCGUCAGUUCACACUGGAACUGGUAAGAUUGUUAUGGCUUUACUGUACUUAAUUGCGUUUCAUUUAGAUUUGUGCUUAGACACUGCUCAUCGGGGAAGCCAAAAUAGAAAAUGGUUCUUAAUCUACUAUAUAAUCUACACCGUCAGGAGGAGGUCUAUAGCCUGAGUGUUGAAGCGAGUAUUGGAUUUUGCUUGCUUUAUAUCAAUAAAAAUUUAGAAAAGUGCAUUUCAUUGGAUGGCAUAGAACUUUACCCCAACAAUGAGCUUGACAUCUUUGUUGCUCUUUGUUAAACAUUAAAAUAAGGGACCCAGAAAAAAACAAUGAGAAUUCAAAGAAAGACGGCGCGGGGUUUACACCCAGAAAUACUGUAUCUAUGUUCUUUCAGGAUCGGCCACGUUAGGAUUGUCUCUUACUUGCUUUCUUAAUUUCAGGGCCUGUUGUCGGAACUGAUGUCGGUGCUGGCGAAGCAUCAACAGUGCCUACUCAAGGUUAGCCCGUUUAGUUGAAUAUGGGAGAAUGCUUUUGUAAUUUAAAUGCUUGGGCCGAAACCAUUAUGAUCUACUGGCUGCUAUAUCAUAUGACGAACACCAUUUUAUGUGGGGGUUUUUUUCAUCGUUUUAUAGAAGCAACUGAUGUUGUGUCAACAGAAGCUCGAACUGCUCCUAGGUCAACAGAAGCUCCAACUGAUGCCGCUGUAUCGUCACAAGCCCCAACUGAUGCUGCUGAAUCAACACAAGCUCCAACUGAUGCUGCUGUAUCAACACAAGCUCCAACUGAUGCUGGUGAAUCAACACAAGCUCCAACUGAUCCUGCUGAAUCAACAGAUGGUCCAACUGAUGCUGCUGUUUCAACAAAAGCUCCAACUGAUGUUGCUGUGUCAACAAAAGCUCCAACUGAUGCUACUGUAUCGACAGAAGGUCCAACUGAUGCUGUUGUCUCAACAGAAGGUCCAACUGAUGGUGUUUCAACAAAAACGCCGACUGAUGCUGCUGUAUCCACAGAAGGUCCAACUGAUGGUGUUGUCUCAACAGAAGUUCCAACUGAUGGUGUGUCAACACAAGCUCCAACUGAUGUUGCUGUGUCAACAAAAGCUCCAACUGAUGCUACUGUAUCGACAGAAGGUCCAACUGAUGCUAUUGUCCCAACAGAAGGUCCAACUGAUGGUGUGUCAACAAAAGCGCCAACUGAUGCUGCUGUAUCCACAGAAGGUCCAACUGAUGGUGUUGUCUCAACAGAAGUUCCAACUGAUGGUGUGUCAACACAAGCUCCAACUGAUGCUGCUGAAUCUACACAACGUCCAACUGAUGUUGCUGAAUCAACACAAGCUCCAACUGAUGCUGCUCUAUAUUACGUCAACGUAAAAAUUGUGAACAACUAUGGUUAUAAUGUUGAUGUACGCAGUAACACAGGUGUCAUUCAGGAUGUUAUGGUGCUUGCUGGUACCGUGCGUGAAAUUGAGGAGACAACGAACUUCGCCGAAUAUUUCGUUAUACGCAUUUAUGAUAGCCGUGAUGGAAUUCCAAUUCUGAUUGAUGGUGAAAGCUAUGUAAGAGUUACUCCCAAGUCCUCACCACAGUAUCAGUACAAUAUUGUGGUUGAACCUGGUAAGUUAUGA